ACUUAUCGGUUCCAAGACUCAUGUCAUCUCCUUUGGCACCAGCUAUGCUUGAAGAGUUUCCGCUGGGAAACUUCAACGGACAAGACUUCAAAUUUGUCCCGCAGCGUAGACUUGGACUUUUGAGACAAUCAUGUUGUGAAACAGAUACGCUACUGCAGGGUCAGUACUUGAAAGAUGGGCAAGAGCUCGUUUCAGCUUUCAAUAUCUUCAAACUAAAGUUUUUCAACUUGGAGAAUUCAAGCAACUGGUAUCUUGGAAUUUGGUACAACAAUUUUUAUCUUAGUGGUAAUAAGAAGUAUGGUGAUAUCCAGGACAAAGCUGUUUGGAUUGCUAACCGUAACAAUCCAAUUUUGGGACGCUCUGGAAGCCUCACAGUGGACUCUCUUGGCCGAUUGAGGAUUUUAAGAGGAGCAUCAAGCCUGCUUGAGCUAAGCUCUACGGAAACCACAGGAAACACAACCCUUAAGCUGUUGGAUUCUGGAAAUCUUCAGCUCCAAGAGAUGGAUUCUGAUGGAUCGAUGAGGCGGAUUCUGUGGCAAAGUUUUGAUUAUCCAACGGAUACCCUUCUUCCUGGUAUGAAACUUGGUUUCAAUGUUAAGAAUGGGAAGAGAUGGGAACUGACCUCAUGGCUAGGUGAUACUUUACCUGCUUCUGGAUCUCUUGUCUUUGGGAUGGAUGCUAAUAUUACAAACCGGUUGACCAUCUUGUGGCGUGGAAACAUGUAUUGGGCAAGUGGGCUCUGGUUUAAGGGUGGAUUUUCCUUGGAUGAAUUAAAUGGAUAUGGUUUCCUCUUUUCCUUCAUUUCAACCGAGAGUGAACACUAUUUUAUGUAUUCAGGUGAUCAGAAAUAUGCUGGAACAUUUUUUCCCGCGAUAAUGAUAGACCAACAGGGGAUUUUGCAUAUAUACAGGCUUGACAGAGAGCAUUUGCAUGUUCAUUGUUCUCCUUUCAAUUUGGACAGUAAUUUUGAUUGUUAUAGGCAAAAUCCUAGGGAUUGUUUGCACGCAGGUUGCAUAGUCCCAGUCCAAGAGGAGCCAUAUGGGUUAAGGUAUUCUUUCAGAGAGACAGUAUCGGCUUUCUCAAGCAAUGGAUUUAUACUUAAUGAGACUGGUGGAAGGUUUAGUUCAGCUGAUUGCCAUGCUAUAUGUAUGCAAAACUCUUCUUGUCUUGCCUACGCUUCUACCAAUCUGGAUGGUACGGGCUGCGAAAUCUGGAAUAUUGAUCCUACCGACAAAAAGUCGUCUUCUCAAAGUCCCAGAACCAUAUAUAUUCGUGUAAAAGGAGUUGUAGUAAACCAAGAGCACGAAAAAGCGGCAACUUGGCUAGUUGUUGUGGCAUCACUAUUCCUAAUGAUACCUGUGACUUGGUUUAUCAUCUACCUUGUUCUAAGGAAAUUUAAAGUAAAAGUAACUGUAAUAUUUCGCGGGAUGUUCUACUUUUUAUGGGGAAAAGUCAUUCCACAAAUGAUUGGUUGCAUACGGAGGAGGCUUCCAACACUGAGGGUUGGUUCAACAAUAGACCAAGAAAUGCUACUACGUGAAUUAGGAAUUGAUAGGAGACGCCGAGGCAAGAGAAGUGCAAGGAAGAAUAAUAAUGAGCUUCAGAUUUUUAGCUUUGAAAGUGUAGCCUUGGCAACAGAUUACUUCUCUGAUGCAAACAAGCUCGGUGAAGGAGAAGAUAGACCAAGUAUGUUAGACGUUGUGUCGAUGAUAUAUGGCGAUGGCAACAACGCUCUUUCUUUGCCUAAAGAGCCAGCUUUCUAUGAUGGUCCUCGGAGAAGUUCUCCAGAGAUGGAAGUUGAGCCACCGGAGCUGGAAAAUGUAUCGGCGAAUAGAGUUACAAUCACAGUGAUGGAAGCAAGCUGUUGCUCGGAAACUUCAAAGGGCAAGAAUUCAAAUUUGUCUGCUAGAGUAGGACAAUCAUGCUGUGAAAAAGAUACGCUACAGCAGGGUCAGUACUUGAAAGAUGGGCAAGAGCUAAAUUCGCCUUUCAAUAUCUUCAAGCUCAAGUUUUUUAACUUGAAGAAUUCAAGCAACUGGUGGUAUCUUGGGAUUUGGUACAACAAUUUGUAUCUUCAUAAUAAUAACAAGUUUUAUUCUGAUACUGAGGACAGAGCUGUCUGGAUUGCGAACCGUAACAAUCCAAUUUCAGGACGCUCUGGAAGCCUCACAGUUGAUUCUCUUGGCAGAUUGAAGAUUUUAAGAGGAUCAGAAAGCCUGCUUGAGUUAAGCUCUACGGAAACCACAGGAAACACAACCCUUAAGCUGUUGGAUUCUGGAAAUCUUCAGCUCCAAGAGAUGGAUUCUGAUGGAUCGAUGAGGCGGAUUCUGUGGCAAAGUUUUGAUUAUCCAACGGAUACCCUUCUUCCUGGUAUGAAACUGGGUUUCAAUGUCAAGAGUGGGAAGCAAUGGGAACUGACAUCAUGGCUAGGUGAUACUUCACCUGCUUCUGGAUCUUUUGUCUUUGGGAUGGAUGCUAAUGUUACAAACCGAUUGAACAUCUUAUGGCGUGGAAACUUGUUUUGGGCAAGUGAGCUCUGGUUCAAGGGUCAAUUUCUCACGGAGAAAUUUAACAAGCUGGGUUUUGUCUUCUCCUUCGUUUCAACCGAGAGUGAACACUAUUUUCUGUAUUCAGGUGAUGACAACUAUAGUGGAAUAUUUCCAAGGAUAAUGAUAGACCAACAGGGUACUUUGCAGACAAUCAUUCUUAACGGAGUGCAACAACAUUUCCGUUGUUCUCCUGUAUUUGGUGACAAGCUUGAAUAUGGGUGUUACCGAACAAAAUCCAUCAACUGUGUGCGCAAAUAUUAUGGAGAUGUAGACAAGAAUGGAUAUUGUUUGCACUCGCAGCAUAAGAGUUGUUGGAGCUUUGGUGAUCAUUUCAGAGAUACAGUAUUUCCUUCCUUGGGAAAUGGAUUUAUUCUUAGUGAGACUGAUGGAAGAUUAAGCUCAUAUGAUUGCUAUGUUAAAUGUCUCCAAAACUGUUCUUGUCUUGCCUAUGCUUCACCCCAUGCCGAUGUGGCUGUUAUAUUUCGCGGAAUGUUCUACUUUUUAUGGGGAAAAGUCAUUCCACAAAUGAUUGGCUGCAUACGGAGGAGGCUUCCAACACUGAGAGUUGGUUCAACAAUAGACCAAGAUAUGCUACUACGUGAGUUGGGAAUUGAUAGGAGACGCCGAGGCAGGAGAAGUGCAAGGAAUAAUAAUAAUAAUGAGCUUCAGAUCUUUAGCUUUGAAAGUGUUGCUUUUGCAACAGAUUACUUCUCUGAUGCAAACAAGCUCGGCGAAGGAGGUUUUGGUCCUGUAUAUAAGGUGUGGAGUCUGUUCAAAGAUAACCGCGUUCACGAGGUGGUAGAUCCAUCUUUGGGAGAUUCUGCAGUUGAGAACCCUCAAGUGUUGAGAUGUAUUCAAGUUGCUCUGUUGUGUGUACAACAAAACGCAGAAGAUAGACCAAGUAUGUUAGAAGUUGUGUCGAUGAUAUACGGCGACGGCAACAACGCUCUUUCUUUGCCUAACGAGCCAGCUUUCUAUGAUGGUCCUCGGAGAAGCUCGCCGGAGAUUGAUGUUGAGCCACCGGAGCUGGAAAAUGUAUCGGCAAAUAGAGUUACCAUCACAGUGAUGGAAGCAAGAUGAGCUAGUGAAUUGAAAGAAAACUUAUUGUAUGUGAAUCUCAUUGUUUUUAGUCGAAACAUAUUGACUUCUAGUUUGAUAAUGCUGACUGAUCUUAUGAGACUCAAAGUUAUCGUUUUCUCGUUAUGUCGCUUGUGAAUUUGAAUACAAAAUUAGACUUUCC